GGUUGUAUGAGCCGGAAUUAAUGUUGUGACUCAGGUGGUGGUGUUGUGGUGGUGGUGCACGUGUGUCAACACAACUUCAAGCUCCGACACCUGAGAACAGAAGGAUGCCUACCCAAGAAGAGAUUUUUGCAGAACUGGGUAUCUUUGGGGAUGUGGCUACUGCUGGUGGUGGUGGUGGGUGCUGGUAAAAGUGGAGGAGCAGCAAUUAAUGCUGAGGAGCUUGGAAAUGAUUCCACCAUGGAGGAACUCUGGGCCAUGAAGGCAAUGGAACAUUCUGAAAUUCAUUUUAAUCUCCUGUGCGCAGUUGAUCCUCGGCUUCUGAAGCUUACCCCAAAAGAUGAUGUAAUCUAUAGUUCCUUCAGAAAAGAGUUUCCAGAUUUUAAUGUUGGAAAGUUGGUGGAAAAUGAUCUCAAAAGUCCAGAUGCAAAAGAGAAAUGGAGACCAUUUUGUAUGGCCUUUGAGAAGGAAAUCGAAGACUAUAGCUUUGCCACUCUCGUACGCAUAGACAGUGAGGAUGAAUAUUCUGAAUCUAAUACAAUCCUUGUUACUCGCAUACAGUUUUUCUGUAUCGAGAUUGCUCGCAAUAGGGAGGGAUUUAAUGACUCUAUCAGGACAAAGUUCAAGCCUAAGCCUCGCACCAAGAAGAAUCGGCAAUAAUACUACGAUAAUAUUAAAUUCACUUAUAAUUUAUGCAAGUACGUAUAUCUAAACUUUAAGGAUGGGGCACAGUAUCUGGUUAUUUGGGAUGAAUGCUUCUAAUCAUUUAAUUGUUGUCCAAGAGUUCCUAUAUAUUAAAUGUACAGUGGAACCUCGGUUUUCGUUUUUAAUCUGUUCCAGAGAGUCAGACGAAAACCAAAUUCGACAAAAACUGAAGCAAUAUUACCUAUAAUAUAAAUCCAAUUAAUCGUUCCAGACACCCAAAAGUAUUAACAAAAAAUACAUUUUAUAGAGAAUAAAUAUAGUUUUACAUGCAGAAAUAAAUAUAAAUGACUAAUUUUAAUGAUAAAUGAACAUUUAACAUCUCAUUUACCUUUAUUGAAGACUUGUUGGCUUGUUGAAUACGGCGAGGAGGGGAGAGGUUAUUGUUUGGAAGGGGAAUCCUCUUCCAAAUAAAAGUAACCCCUAUCCGGGGUUACUUACCUUUGUCUUUUACUGGCACUAGGACCAGCUUAAGAGUCGCUGUACCCCUGUCACACAAAAAAAUCUGCCUGGAGAGCUCUGUUCUCUUUAAGAUUUGCCUAAAAUGGGACAUGUUGCAGACAUGGCCUGCAACAGCUUUGUUAGGGUGAUAUUUCUCCACAAAACUUUGCACCUCACUCCGCUUUGCACAAAUGUCCUUAAUUGCUGAAGACGGCACAUUCUCCCCACUAACUGUUUUUCAUUGUUUCAAAACUAACAACUCACCUUCUUUGACAAUUUGCGAUCUCUGUUUCAUUAGCGCACACUCCCAUUUUACAUCAGCUUCCUUGAUUUCUUCGCCAGCAUGGAACUGAUCGUUGGCGAGGACUUUCCGUACAUCCUCGCGAGAUUGACUACAUGUAUGCCACUUUCAUACUUUUUAACAAGUUCUUUCUUGAAUUCUAUCAUGUUUCUCAUCUUCUUUAUCAAAGGACUGGCACUUGGAACAUUCUUUGGCUCCAUGGUGGCUUAUUUUGCAGUCGCACAAAAAAUAGAUUACAGUGGUCCCUCGUUUUUCGUAAUUAAUCCAUUCCUGGAGGAGCUACUAUAAAAGAAAUUUAUGAUUUGUGAAUCAGAUUUCCCCAUAAGAAAUAAUGUAAAUAUAAUUAAUCCGUUCCGACACCCAGAAGUAUUAAAACAAAAAAUUUUUUUACAUGAAAUAUACAUGUAGUACAUAAACAAUACAAUGGGAAAUGAUGAAUGAAACAUUAACAGCAUAACACUUACCUUUAUUGGAGAUUCUUCUUAGUGUAUGGGAGACUGGAGGAGGAGAGAGAGUGGAUUGUUUAUAUCCCCUUCCAGCAACACCUCAGGUACCAAUUGCUUUUCUGGGGUUGCUUGUCUUCUCUGUUUCUUAAUGCUACUAGGACAACCUUGAGAGUCGCUGGAGUCCUGUCUCGCAAAAUAACUGUGGAGAGAACUCUGUUUCUCUUUAACACUUCCCUAAAAUGGCCCAAGACUUUGUCACUGUACAUGUUGCCAACAUGGCUUGCAACAACCUUGUUAGGGUGAUGUUUCUCCAUAAAGCUUUCCAUCUUACCCCACAUAGUAAAAAUCUCUUUAAUUUCUGAAGAAGGCACCUUCUUCCAUCUCUCUUCCUCUGCAGCAAGAUUCUGAGCUGCGAUGUGUUGCUCUUCCUGCUGAAGCUCCUCAGUGGUGAGCUCUUCGUUGUGGUCUUCCACCAAUUCUUCCACAUCCUCCAAACUCGCAUCCAACCCCAUGGAGCUCCCCAGUGCCACAAUUGAUUUUACAACAGACAUAGGCUCAUCAGGGUCAGUCCCAAACCCUUCAAAAUCCCUCUUGUCGACACAAUCUGGCCACAAUUUUCUCCAGGCAGAGUUCAAAGUCCUGGUAGUCGCUCCCUCCCAAGCCAUACCUAUAAGGGUUAUGCAGUGGAGGAUGCUGAAGUGUUCUCUCCAAAAUUCCCUUGGGGUCAAGUGUCUGUGGUCAGUCAAGCACCUGUGAAACAUUGCUUUUGUGUAGUUUUUUUUAAAGUUUGCAAUGACCUGCUGGCCCAUGGGCUGGAGAGAGGAGUGGUAUUCGGGGGCAAGAACUUUACUGUGACGAAACCAAACUCCUCGAAAAUUAGGUCAUCCAAGUUUGGAGGAUGAGCAGGUGCAUUGUCCAUUACUAGCAGGCAAUUGAGAUCCAAUUUCUUUUCCAGGAGAUACUCCUUCACACUAGGGCCAAACACUUCAUUGAACCACUCGACGAAAAUUUCCCUCGUGACCCAUGCCUUACUAUUAGAUUUCCAAAACACACACAAUUUACUCUUCAUAACAUUGUUUUUCUUGAACACUCUGGGAUUUUCAGAAUGGUACACUAGUAAUGGCUUCACUUUGAAAUCUCCACUAGCAUUAGCACAGAACAUUAGUGUCAGCCUGUCUUUCAUAGGCUUGUGUCCGGGCAUUGCCUUUUCCUCUUGUGUAAUGAAGGUCCUCUGGCAUUUUCUUCCAAAAGAGGCCUGUUUCGUCACACUUGUUCAGGUUUCAGUCCUUCAGCCUCUAUAUACUCCUGGAAUUCAUGCACAUAUUUUUCAGCCGCCUUGUGGUCCGAACUGGCAGCCUUACCACACUGUGUAUGCCAGUACGGUUCUUAAAUCUCUCAAACCAGCCUUUGCUGGCCUUAAAUUCACUCAUCACCACUAUUUGCAGGCAAUUUCUUUACCAAAUCGUCAUGCAACUGCCUAGCCUUUUCACAAAUAAUCGAAGUCAUAAGAGUAUCUCAUGCUGAUUGUUUCUCAUUUAUCCACACCAAUAAUAACUUCUCAACCUCUUCGAGUACUGGUGAUCUCAUUUUUGUCAGCAUAGUUACCCCCUUUGCAACAACAGCAGCCUUGGUUUCCUUUUUCUUGGCCACUAUGGAACAUAUGGUUGUGUAGGGUUUCUUAUACACCCUGGCCAGUUCGGCCACACUUGUACCACUUUCAUAUUGUUCAAUGAUGGUUUUCUUAAAUUCAAUCGUAUUUCUCACCUCCUUUACCACAGGCUUGGCACUAGGAGCUUCCUUUGGAGCCAUGGUAGCUUAUUUAGUACUUGCAAGCACUAAAAUAAAUGGAUUAUGAAAUAUUUCACUGGAGCACGUGAGGGGACCUUCGCUCACUGGUAAACAAUGCCAGACUGGCUGCCGCCACGGCUCACGCCGUGGGUACGCGUUCCGGACGAACUACGACUCGCAAGUCAACUUAUGAAAAGCGAGUCCAUGUUUAUACGAAAAUACCUCUAUGAUUGGCGAAAUUUACGAUUGCCGGGAACUACGAAAAGCGAGGGACCACUAUUACGAAAUGUUUCGUAUGAAUGCGCAGAGUAAUGGUCACUCACUGAGAAUGUGUGUGUUGGAGACUUCGUGUGCGCACGUAGUAGGCGGAUGAAAUCCGAGGUUCCACUGUAUGUGACUUGCUUUGAAGCAAGUUUUUCAACUGAACUCUAGCAACAAAAAAAAAAAAAAAAAAAAAAAAAAAUUUUUUUUUUUUUUGAAGCUGCCGCAAUCCCGUAGUGUUUUUUUUUUUUAACGUGUUAUGAAGAGCAAACUAAUUUAUAAAAUAUAUAUUUUCUGUAUUGUAUAUAUAUUCAGUGUUGACCUCCAUAUUGAAGGCUUAACUUCAUAAUGUUCACACAGUACUUUUUAAGGAGGCACUACAUUUUAUGGAACCUAAACAAAGGUUUUUAGUAUAUUUUGUGCCGAAACAAUGGGUUUAAAUUUUCUGCAAGGACUAUUAUUUCUAAUACAAAAUUUUGUUGAUAGUACCAAUUAAGUUUUAAUGAAACUUACGAUUCAUAAAUCCAGUGUGAAGUAUAGACAGAUGUAUACAGUGGACCCCUGGUUAACGAUAUUUUUUCACUCAGAAGUAUGUUCAGGUGCCAGUACUGACCGAAUUUGUUCCCAUAAGGAAUAUUGUGAAGUAGGUUAGUUCAUUUCAGACCCCCAAACAUACACGUACAAACGCACUUACAUAAUUGGUCGCAUUCGGAGGUAAUCGUUAUGCGGGGGUCUACUGUAUAUCCUUGAAUAAUGGUGUAUAGGUAAAAUGCAGCCUUACUGACCCUCGUGUAAUAUAGGCUUUAAGCCUGGUGAAAAUUAACUGCAAAUACUCCCAAGGAUGGUUUGCACAACAUUAUGAUUUAAAAAAAGUACAUGUUCAACAAUGACUGAAUAAUCUUGGUGAAAAUUGAGGCCUUUAAAUGCCUAGGCAACAAAGGGCAUCAAAUUAUCACCUGAAAAUUUUUCAGUUGAGACAAUUUUUUUUUCCCAGUUUUCAUGGUAUUGCAAGAAAAAUAGUUUAAAAUUGAAUUUUUUUUUUGUUUUGUUUAAUACUGGAGACAAGUAUUUGGUAUUAUAUACAAAAUUAAGUGCUAAACCCAACCGAGUCAUACAGCACUGGUGAACAUUGUAAUAUUGUUUAUGAAAUCCUUUGAAAAUUAGGUGUAUAGUACUUCUGCAAGAAGUACAUGAAAAUAAACAACAGGAACAUUA